AUGAACCCAGUAGGUUCUAUUUAUACAUCAAUGGAUGCAAGAGGUCCUCAAGUAAUGUUUGGUGUUGGUGCAUGGGAACAAAUAGUUGACAGGUUUUUGUAUUGUGCAAACUCUUCAAAGGAAACAGGAGGUUCAAAGAAAAUAAAUAUUGAAAACCUUCCAUCACACACUCAUACGGGAACGACAAACUUUUCUGGCGACCAUAGCCACUCAUUACGAGACCACCCAUUAUACAACUCAGAAUAUUAUGCUGGCAAUGACGUUUUAUCUCCAGAUUAUAACCAUUCGGCAAAAAAGACUUUUCGACCAACUGAACCAGGAGGAAAUCAUUCACACACUUUCACAACAAAUCCAACAGGCUCGGGUAAAGAUUACAUGCCACCAUUUAUGACUGUAUUCGCAUGGUACCGCAUUUAUUGA